AUGGCCUCAGAACACAGUGUCGCCAAGGUCCUCCUCGAAUGGAUCAACAGCUUCUCCCUCGGCAAGACGAUCAGAGACACCGAAGAACUCAGCGACGGCAUCAUCCUAUGGGAAAUCCUACAGGACAUUGACCCUCAAUAUUUCCUCGACGAACUCCCCGAGCGGAACCCAUCCGACCACUGGGUCACAAAAUGGCAAAACCUCAAACACCUCCACAAACUGUUGACGGGCUAUAUUCGCAAACAAUUUGAUGACGAGAUUCCUUCCGGAUUGGAUCCGUCGCCGGAUCUCAAAGCUAUUUCCGAGUCGAACUCGCUAAAGGAGACGAAUAAAUUGCUCAAAUUACUCCUGAUUGCUGCUAUUAGCUCGCCCAACGCCGAGACGUACGUGACAACGUUGCAGAAGCUGAGUACACCGACUCAGGAGGGACUCAAGAAUAUAAUUGAGGAGGCUCACAACUCGCAACAUGAGGAUCUGUCGGCGGACGAGGAGGAUCGAGAUGGCGCUGCGAAGCGUGAUCUCGCCGUCGACCCUGAACUACAAUUUGAGGAACGUGUAGGCAAGGUUUUGGCGGAGAAUGACCGGUUGGCAACAGAAAAGAAGGAGAUGGAGAAGGCAUUAGAGGAUUUACAUAACCGGCUAGCUCGCUUACAGGAGAAUAAUGAUACUCUACAAACCCGACUCGCUUCAACCGAGGAUCGAUUGGUUACGCUCAAAUCGGGUAAAGGAGAUGUCGGAUUCAGCACCAAAGCUCUAGAAAGCAGAUCGCGACAGCAAGAGGAACUCAUUGCCAACCAAGAAGCGAAAAUAUCGGCUGCUCAGGAUGAGAUCGAUAGUCUCACGAUGUCCCUGGAGUCUAUGCGCGUCAAGAACCAACGAUUCCAAAAAUUACAGGACGACUACGACGAGAUGAAAACCGAGAGAGAGCAAUUGAUUCGCAAGGCGAACGCCGCAGAGAAAUACCGCCAGAAACUGCAAGCAAGCCAGGACUUCGAGAAGGAGAACCAGGCCCUGAAAAACCAGGUCAAGGAUCUUCAACAGCAACUCAAAGAAGCCGAUUCGAACCAGAAGCGGUCUUCGGAACGCGACGUGGAGCUUGAAGAAUAUAGACGUGUGUUGCCGCGCAUCGAGCAGGAUCGUCAUGAAAUUCAGAGUUUGAAGAAACAGUUAGAAUUCAACAAUCACGCUCUGACCGAGCGUCUUCAGAGUGCGGAAGAACAGCGGGAUAGAGAUGAAGCUUUGAUUAGUGAAUUGCGUGAACGCAUUCGAGAAUUGGAGGGUUCAACCGAUAGUCCUUCCUAUACGCCUGGAAAUGCCUCUCCUAGACUGCAAAGUACCUUGCAGAAGGAUCUUGACGAUAUUGGCGCAAGGGAGACACAGUUGAAGUCAGAAAAUGAGGAGUUGAAGAAGGAGGUUCACAAAUUGAAGACCACCAACACGCUUGGAUCUAGCCUUGAAUCAUACUCUGAGAAUCUAGUCUUGACGGCACAACUAGCCCAAGCAAAGUCUUCGCAAAGUGACGAAUACUGGAAACUCUACGACCAAUAUGCCGACAUUCGUCAAAAGCUUGCCGAUGCAGAAGACCUGAUUGAUAGUACCAAGAGACAGCUGGACGACGCCCGAGCAGAAUUACAACUCGUCAGCAAAGAAAAACUCGACAUGAUCGCUGAAGUCAAAGACUCCAACUCCAGCGAAAUCACCAAAGUCCGCGAAGACUGGGACGAACUUACCCGGAAGAUACACCACCUCGAAGCUGAGAUCGACGCCUCCCAGGCUUUGGUCAGAGACAUGUGUGUGGAACGCGACGAAUUGCGUACUUUGCUUGAUGAGAAACAGGCAGCAAUGCGUGCCGAGGAUGAUGAAUUUAUGAAGGAGAUUGAGACUUUGUUGGCUGAAUUUGCGGCGAGAGCGAAGAAUGAGAAUCCGAAUGCGCCUGAGAAAUCGGGUAUUGAGUUGUUGAAGCAUUUUGCGGAGGUUACGGAGAAGAGCGCCGAGACGCUUGCGAAGAGGGCUGAGCACAUCGACCAACAGGGUGAUCUCAUCAAAUCACUACAAGAACAAAUCAAGCACAUCGAGGAAGCCAGGGGUGAUGAAGAAGAUGACAGCAUCCCCAAACAACGCGAGAUCGAACUCCAAGAAAUAAUCAACCGCCAAUCCCGCGAAUUGGCUCUUGUCAUGUCUGCCUGGUACGACCUCCAAGGCCGUCUACAACAUAACAAUAUCACAGUUGCGCGCUACCGUCAUCCUGCUUCAGGCACAACAGGAGGCGCAGAUAUGCAAAAGGGCUGGCUUGGAAAGCAGAGAAGUAUUGUAUCUGCGGCAAGUUCUGGUCGAUGA